UGCAAAAGAGGGGCGGGACAUCAGCGGCUUCCUUUUUUCGGUUUUGUGUAUGUGAGUUGUGUUUUUUGACCAGCUGAAAUGGCGGCUUGGAGCGUCGAAUCGGCGUAACUUUAUAGCACAAUAACAAACAAAACGCCGUGAUUGAGCUUUUGUCACAUAACAUGGGAGAAACUUCACUGAGAGAUUUCAGACGCUCUAGCCGGGGCUCACAACUUUGACUACAGCAUCCGACCGGAGUGAAAACACAGAGAUAUGGAGGAUAAUCACACACGGUACAGCAAACGCCUGCGCACAGGUACACGCCGUCGCUACCAAGAUGAUGGCAUUUCAGAUGACGAAAUUGAAGGGAAAAGAACCUUUGAUCUGGAGGAGAAAUUGCAAUGUGGAAAGUUUGGCUCCGAGCUUAUCAAAUACAUGAAAGGAAAAGAUUUCACAUUUGAAUACAUUCAGAGGGAAGGGCUCAGGGAUCCCAUUGUUUUUGAGACAUCUGAUGGCCUCGGUUUACAAAUGCCAGAUUCCGAUUUCAGUGUCAGUGAUGUCAAACUGUUUGUUGGUAGUCGGCGUAUUGUCGAUGUUAUGGAUGUGAACACCCAGAAAGGAAUCGAGAUGUCGAUGGCUCAGUGGCGGCGCUACUAUGAGACGCCACCAUCAGAAAGAGAAAAACUUUACAAUGUCAUCAGUCUGGAGUUCAGUCACACAAGGCUGGAGAAUCUGGUCAAGCGGCCGGCUUCAGUGGACCUUAUUGACUGGGUGGACAACAUGUGGCCUCGUCAUCUGAAGGAGAGACAGAGAGACUCAACUAAUGCCAUUAUAGACAUGCAUUAUCCUAAAGUCCAAAAGUAUUGUCUCAUGAGUGUGCAAGGCUGUUUCACAGAUUUCCACAUUGAUUUUGGGGGGACCUCAGUUUGGUACCACAUCCUUCGAGGAGGAAAGGUGUUUUGGCUGAUUCCACCCACUCCUCAGAACCUGGAGAUGUAUGAGAACUGGGUUUUGUCAGGAAAGCAGGGUGACAUCUUCUUGGGGGAUAAAUGCUGCGAUUGUCAGAGGAUAGAGCUUAAGCAAGGCAACACCUUCAUAAUCCCUUCAGGAUGGAUUCAUGCCGUGUACACUCCAGAAGACACUUUGGUCUUUGGUGGGAAUUUCCUUCACAGUUUCAACAUCCCCAUGCAGCUUAACAUCUACAACAUUGAGGAUCGCACACGGGUGCCAGCAAAGUUUCGCUACCCUUUUUAUUAUGAGAUGUGCUGGUAUGUUUUGGAAAGAUACCUUUAUUGUUUGACCAACAUCUCCCACCUCACACCAGAGUUCCAGAAAUAUUCACUUGGCAUCGGACUGAUUCCAGCCGACCUUGAAGUCAGCGACCCUUCGAGGACCGAAGCCGUUGAAGGAUUUGACAGCGACAUGGAAAAUGAAAUCAAGGUCAAGGAAGAAGAGUUUCAUCAAGAUCAGAAGGCCCAUCUUAUCACUCCUCGGCAUGUCCUAACUCCAUUUGAGUUGGAGGGACUGUGGAAUCUGUUGGGGAAGCUGGAGGAGCUGCCAUCCCACAAAAAGUGUGUUCCCACUGGGAUUAGGAAUGCAGCAGCCCUGCUGGAUGACAUGAAGGCUGUUCUGAAGGAAUGUGCAAAGGACAAUGUCAAGUUGGCGCAUACCGGAGAACCUAUUGUCAAAUGGCCUGAAAGGCCCUCCUGGUACCAGCCCCUCCUUCCUCCGCCGCCUGUUCUUUACCGUCCUCGUCUUGGUCCUUCGCUCCACAAACAUCAGAGGCCUACCAAACGCUCUUCCAUCUCAGCCCUGAGGCGCAGACGGGUGAGGUGUAAGCGCUGUUCUGCCUGCUGCAGAAAGGAGUGUGGCGACUGUCAAUACUGCCACGACAUGCGGAAAUUUGGGGGACCUGGACGAAUGAAAAAGAGCUGCAUAAUGAGACAGUGUUUAGCGCCUGCACUGCCGAACACAGCAAGAUGUGCCGUAUGUGGGGAGGGGGAGUUCGAUGAAUCCAACCCGAGCACUCACUCCCUCAUGGAGUGUACUGCCUGCUCACAGAUCGUCCAUCUGCAGUGUGUUAAAGACCCUGCUGAAGGAAAGGUCAAUAAAGAUCUACCCAGCUGCUGGGAAUGUCCCAAAUGUUAUCAAGGAAAAGGUUCAGCAUCAGAGUCUUCCAGCAGUGAGGAAAGUGACGAGUCAGAUGCCUCAACAUCCAAACUUUCCUAUCAAGAAAGGACCGGCAUGGGUGACGGGGGAAGACGUGGGAGACGCACUGGAACACCUGGCAGGCCAACAGCACCCCCGCCUUCACAGAAACUGCUACUGCAGCAUCAGCAAAGCCGCAAAAGAGCCAGUGCGCUGGAGCUCAGACUCAAGAAAAGGAUAAAACUAGAACGGACUAAACUAUUAACAAGAAGACGAUCGUCUCUAGAUCGCUCUCCUAGGUUGUUGGGCUCCCGGCUGCUGUCUCGCCUGCGCUCUCCAUCCAGCAGACUACUUCAGGGCAGAGGCCGGGGCUCCAUCUGGGCUGGAGGCUCGCCUUACAACGGUGCUGCUGGGAGGACGGGAUCCUUACAGCGUCAGCAGACUCCUCACGGCCUGAUGCUUGAGCCCAAAGGAGAACCGCGCAGAGGCCGGGGAAGAGGGGUUAGGCUUCGUGGAGGAGGAGCAGGACGAGGCAUCAGAAGCGUGGGAAGCCGGAACGAUAUUGAGGAGGAUAGCGAGGACAGCAGCAGCAGCACAAACAGCAGCAGCAGCGACGACGAGGACGAAGAGGAGGGCGUGCUGGACAAUGGCAGGGGAGGGGAUAAGGAGAACUGGCCUCGGCUGAGAAAAGGACAAGGGGCUAAAGAACGAGAUCAGGAUGGUAGUGAGGCUACUAACCAAAAUGGUGCAGAGGAGGAGAUGGAUCAGGACACUUUGAAAGAAGAUAAAGGCAUAAAUCUUAAAGUGACACUCCAAAGACCAAUCAGAGCAAAGCAAGACCCGUCAGUUAUUGUCCCUAAAUUAGAAGCCAUUGCUCCUCACACUGCCUCCUCAGCUACACACAACCGAAGCCGGACCCUUGUCAGACCUCCAAUUAGAAACAAUGGCCCGUGUUCUGAUCACCUCUCCAAAAGACAUACGCCGCCUCUCACUCGGAGCGGCAAUUUAGGCUCUCGCUUUUCCCAAACAGAGAGAACGGGCUCCUCCAAAGGAAUAAGACUUGAUAAGCCAGCUAAGCUGAGCAACGGAGCUUCCUCAUCUUCAUCAGCCGAGCUUCAUCAUCUUCGCGUCCCUCUGUCGGCUCUGCAGGAUGGAGGGGGUGAGGCUGACAGGGAGAGCAGUGGGAGCGGCCCGACCUGUGAGCGGGAGGUGUGGGUGUCUGUCUUCCGUUACUUAAGUCGAGCAGAUCUUUGCCUGUGCAUGGCUGUCUGCAAGAACUGGUACAAAUGGUGUUUAGACAAGCGACUUUGGGCUCGAAUCGACCUGAGCAGCAAGCGCACAGUUACUCCUCAAACUCUGACGGGGAUCAUCAAGAGGCAGCCAGUCACCCUUGACUUGUCCUGGACCAACAUUUCCAAAAAACAACUCAACUGGCUUGUUGGUCGCUUACCUGGGCUGAAGGAUCUGAUGCUGGCAGGUUGUUCCUGGUCAUCUAUUUCUGCUCUCUGCUCCUCUGGUUGUCCUCUCCUCCGCUCUCUGGACUUGGGAUAUGCAGAUGGAGUGAAAGACUUGCAGAUUAGGGAUUUGGUAACUCCUCCAGGCUGUGAUAACCGCUGUCAGUUUCGGAGCAUGCAGUGUUUGCGCCUUGCAGGCCUGGAUAUCAGCGAUUCCACUCUGAGGCUGGUGAUCCGUCACAUGCCCCAUUUAACAAAACUGGAUCUCUCUCAUUGCAAUGUCCUCACUGACCACUCCAUCAACCUGCUGACUGCAGUGGGCUCUUCCACCCGAAACACACUGACAGAACUCAAUCUAGGAGGCUGCAGCAAACUGACAGAUGCUUGUCUGAAGUUCCUGCGCCGUCUCUCGUGUAUCUCGGAGCUUGACCUGAGAGGCUGCAAAGGGGUUUCCAGGAAGGCCUGUGAGGCCUUCAUCUCAGAGCUGUCGGUCAACACUCUUUACUGCCUGUCAGAUGAAAAACUGAUCCAGAGGAUAUCCUAGAUUCCUGCCUUUCUGUCUCACUGCAGCCAUGAUUUGAAAUGCAAAAGCUUUGGGUGUGGAUCUGCGUGUGAGUCUGCAUGACACUCGGGCAGUAAAAUUCACAUCCAAAGGGGGGUGGGGUCUACAGUUGCAGGGCGAGGGCUUGGACUUUCUCACUUGGCUGGAUGCGAGGAACAAACUGGGUUGACUCGGCUGCAAAAACAGAUUUUCUUUCCUGCAUACCUAUAAAGAAACUCAGGAUGAUUUUGUAUUGUUUUUAAGAGAAUAUAAUGCUCUCUUUAAGAGGCAUAAUGUUUUUUUUUCUAUUGGCAAGAACGCAGGAGACCCCUAGCUUAGCUGUAUUUGUUUUAACGCCCUGUGAACAACUUCCUCGAUGGUCAUGAUUCAAGCUCCCAAUUUAGGAGAUUGGCAAAUACAUCUUUAAAUAUAGUUCUGAUUGAUUUGUCGGAUUCACAGCUGUCUUAUUUGUUUAUAUAUUUGAAGCUCAUUUCUGAACGAUUUGGAUGCUUAAAGAAAAGACUUCUUGUUUCAGUAAUGCAACAUGCACAAUUGCUCCCCCCCCCCCCCUUUUUUUUUAAAUAAAUCUAUUUAAAGGUUAAAAAAAAAGAUACUUUCACGUUUGACAACUGGAACAGCUUGUGUUUACCAGUCAUUAAGUGCAACAACAGUCCAGUUGUAUAAACUUUAAGAGGACAUGGCUGUGAGUGUUAGAUGGUACAAAGUUGGCGUAAAUAGGCAAUCAACAUGGCAGCAAGACCUCACCCCAACAUUACGGCAGGCUGCAUUAAGCGAGGGAUGAGAAGCCAAGGAUACAUUUAAGAAAAACAUGGUGCAUUUUCAAACUGCAGUUAAAGUUCAGGUGCUAUUCUUCCCAAACUCGUAAUGCUUUGUUUUUGUACAGAGACGACAUUUAGUUGAUAUCCUAGCACCACACCGCUGUGGUAUACAUAUUUCUUUUGUAAGGGAUGGAAAUCAAAUGUGAUCUAUUUUUCACUUGUCAAAUUCGAUGUAAAGACUUUGUUUGGAGAGUUUGCUCAUUUCUUUUCAAGUGUUGUCUCUGUAUGAAAGCUCUAGAUUCCUGGCCAUAUGCUUCAAAGUGAAUAUACUUAUAUAAAUAUUUACUUUUGUGUAAA